GCUACGUGUAACGUUAGCAACCACGCUGAGGGACAGGAGCGGUGGUAUCUAAAGUGAAGGAUUGCUCUCUGAAAUAUGCCUCUAAAUCAUAACUAAACCCGUGUCCUUGACAUACGUUGAAGUUGGAUAUACCCGAGAAACACCCCGUCCUCUUAAUCGUUCAGACUUGUGGCUGAGUGAUGCCGCCAGCAUCCAGCUGUGACUGCCCCCAUCUGGACUCUGUGGGGGAGAUCACCAAGGAAGAACUUAUCCAGAAAUCCCAUGGCCAGUGUCAAGACUGCAAAGUCGGAGGACCAAAUUUGUGGGCGUGUUUGGAGAAUGGCUGCUCAUAUGUCGGGUGUGGAGAAUCUCACACUGACCACAGCACUGUCCACUCACAGUAGGAUAUUCACAACAUGUGUUCUCUGCGUGCAGGAGACGAGGCACAACCUCACAGUGAACCUGACCACGCUUAGAGUGUGGUGCUACGCCUGCGGCAAGGAGGUUUUCCUGGAGCGUAAACUAGGCCCCAGCUCUCCCAAUGUCAACAGCAAACCCCUCCCCUCCACACAGAGUGCUGGUCAGGAUAACAGCAGGGCCCCUGGGAGCCCGACCUCUCUGAGAGUGCCCCCUAAUGGAGGCUGUGAAGACCUGGACAUGGAGACAGAGGAAGAGGAUGAACUGCGAGCCAGAGGUCUGACGGGGCUGAAGAACAUCGGCAACACGUGUUACAUGAAUGCUGCCCUGCAGGCUCUGUCCAACUGCCCGCCCUUGACACAGUUCUUUCUUGAAUGUGGCGGCAUGGUGAGGACGGACAAGAAGCCAGCGCUCUGCAAAAGCUACCAGAAACUAGUGUCAGACCUGUGGCACAAGAACAGACCCUCCUAUGUCGUUCCUACAAACUUGUUCCAGGGGAUCAAAGCCAUAAACCCCAUGUUCAGAGGAUACUCUCAGCAGGACUCGCAAGAGUUUCUGCGCUGCUUGAUGGAUCAGCUUCACGAGGAGCUGAAGGAGCCGCUGCCCGAGCCCCACGACCAGUCCAACGGCAUCACCAUGGGCGACAGCCACGAAGAGGACAACCACAGCCAGUCAGACAACGACUUCCAGUCAUGCGAGUCCUGUGGCAGCAGCGAGCGGGCCGACAACGAGGUGCAGGGCGGGAGCGUGCUGAUGGAUGUCACCAACGAGGCCGAGAUGCUGAUUCCUGAGCAGGAUGAGGUUCAGGCCAACAGGGAGUGGCAGAAAGAGAAGAACAUGAUUAAUGACUUUUAUCGCUCCGGGGUGAACGGUGUUAUGGGUGGAAGCACUGGAGUGGACAUGGACAAAGAUGUCGACACCACCACUGAAGCCACGCCCAUAAUCAGCAGCCAGGGUGCCAUCAAGGUUCAAAGUAGAACAUCAGAUUCCUUCCCAGACAUCCAAAUGUCCAACACCACCAGACCACAGAGUCCAGUCCCAAUGGAGGGACACAUUCCUAAACUGUCCAGCAGCCCGCCCAAAGCUUCCUCAGGCUGGCCCAGCCUCAAUCCUGCACACAAGAAAGCAGUGACCACAUUCUCCCCACAAAAGAACAAGCGGCAGAAGAAAUACCGCAGUGUCAUCUCCGAUGUGUUUGAUGGGACCAUUGUCAGUUCAGUGCAGUGCCUCACAUGUGAUCGGGUGUCUGUGACCCUGGAGAACUUCCAGGACAUCUCGCUGCCCAUCCCAGGGAAGGAAGACCUGGCCAAGCUGCACUCCUCCACCCACCAGACCUCCCUGGUUAAAGCCGGCUCCUGUGGGGAAGCUUACGCACCUCAGGGCUGGAUCUCAUUUGUCAUGGAGUACAUCAAGAGUUGGUUCUGGGGUCCAGUGGUUACGCUACAAGACUGUCUUGCAGCUUUCUUUGCCAGAGAUGAACUAAAGGGAGACAACAUGUACAGCUGUGAAAAAUGCAAGAAAUUACGAAACGGAGUAAAGUUUUGUAAAAUGCAAAGUUUGCCAGAGAUCCUGUGUGUCCAUUUGAAGCGCUUCAGGCACGAACUCAUGUUCUCCACCAAGAUAGGCACCCAUGUCUCGUUCCCGCUCGAAGGCCUGGACCUGCAGCCUUUUCUGGCCAAAGACAGCCCUGCCCAGACCACCAACUAUGACCUGCUGUCAGUCAUCUGUCACCAUGGCACUGCCAGCAGUGGCCACUACAUAGCGUACUGCAGGAAUGAUGUCAACAAUCUGUGGUAUGAAUUUGAUGACCAAAGUGUGACCGAGGUUUCUGAAUCCUGCGUCCAGAAUGCAGAGGCUUAUGUGCUCUUCUAUAAAAAGAGCAACGAGGAUGCACUGAAAGAACGUAGGAGGGUGUCAGGUCUUUUCAACAUGAUGGAGCCUAGCCUCCUGCAAUUCUACAUCUCCCGCCAGUGGCUAAACAAGUUCAAGACCUUUGCUGAGCCGGGCCCCAUUUCCAACGACGACUUCCUGUGUUUGCAUGGAGGCGUGCCACCCAACAAAGCGUCAAUCAUCGAUGACCUGGUAGUGAUGUUGCCACAGAAUGUGUGGGAUCACCUCUACAGCAGGUACGGAGGGGGGCCAGCUGUCAACCACCUGUACGUUUGCCACACAUGCCAGAUCGAGAUUGAGAAGCUGGAGAAACGGCGAAAGUCAGAGCUGGACAUGUUUGUCAGGCUGAACAAGGCGUUCCAGGAGGAGGAGUCUCCAGUGGUCAUAUACUGCAUCAGCAUGCAGUGGUUUCGUGAGUGGGAGGGCUUUGUCAAAGGAAAAGACAAUGAUCCACCGGGACCCAUAGAUAAUUCCAAGAUUACCGUCAACAAGAACGGCCAUUUAACACUCAAACAAGGAGCUGACUCGGGACAGAUCUCUGAAGAAACGUGGAACUUCCUCCACUCGAUCUACGCCGGCGGGCCGCUUCUGACGGUCCGGCCAAGCGUCAGCCACCAGGAAGCAGAAUCACAGUCGGAAGAGAAGAUCGAAGUGGAGACGCGCUCUGUUUAAUAAAGCACUCUGCAGAAAACAAAACAAAAAACAAUGGAAAACACUUAAGAAAUGAAAAGCCUUUUAUUUUGCACUUGACUUUUUAUUUGGAAAAAAAAAUCAAGUAAAGGACCUCAUCUUUACAGUAACAUGGGAGCCUUUGACGUCUGACAGAGGGAAUGAAGAAGUGUGAAAAGGUUGUCAUAUUGUACAAAUCUGUAUAAAGAGCUCUUAAAUUUCUAUUAGCACUGUAGUAUUCAUGUGUAAGGUUGUUUUAAGAACCAAGCAUUUAAAUUAUGUGCAGCUAAAAAAAUUCCACUGAAUGCCAUAUUUUUCCUUUCUUGACCAAAAUGAGCACAUACUGUUUGUCCAUGUGAUGCUGAUAUUUGAUGAUUGAAAGUACAUCUUGCUGUAGAUAUAUCUCACAUUUCCUGUUGUUAAAGAAUACUGCCCACGAAUCGUAGGGAGAGAAAGAUGUGACUCUUAAAGUGAUUGAAAUAAUAAGGUUAUGAAGGGACUAAUUGCUGACUAGUCUCAGGAAUGAUUUUUGUGUUUUGCACUGUUCUGUAGAAGUACAAAUAGGCAUGCUCACGCAAAUGUCUGGUUUGUAUUUGAAUGUACCAGUACUGAUAGUAUGUUGGUCAAGAUUCAGCACUUGGAUAUUUAUCACAGAAGGGAUUGAUAUAUCAUGAUGUUCAUAGAUUUUUUUUUGUAGAAAAUAUGUGGCAGGCAGAGUAUGUUAAGAAUGCAUGCUUUAACAAUCAAUCCCAGUUUAACAUCACAUUUUAACUGCAUGUAAAUGCAAAGCUGCUCAUUAACUGUGCACGAAAUAAACACACAUCUGAAUCUGUCUUCACUAAAUUGUGCAACUACAGAAAACAUAUGGUAGUAUGUUUCAGCAGCAUUAGCAAUCAAAUGAAUGAAAAGGCAUUAUUUUUGUGUAUGGGCAUGGUGUUGCUUCAGGCUGAUGGAGGGGGAAAGAGAAUGCUGUACUCUAUAAGUUUGUGCGUAUGGAUGUCACUUAAGAAUAAGAUCCAUCCCGACUGUUGCUGGCUGACACUAUUAAAACUUGA